GAUGUGGUCUGUUGACUGUUGACUGUAUUCAUUUGAGUUUGUAAACAAAAAUAUAAUACCUAUUUAUUACAUUAUAUUAUUAUUCUAAAUUUCCUUUUAUUUAUAAGUCUACUGUGUAAUGAAAAUUAAUAAAUUUGAAUACUAAAUAAGUCGCAAAAAUGCCUAGGCCCAGUAGAAGUAAUGCGGAAGAAUCUUUAGAUAAUUUGGGUGACGCUGUAAACGAAUGUGUUCGUUAUAUUUUGUGCCGGGAAGGAAGUAAAAUACCCAUAAAACGUGUUGAUAUUAUAAAAUUUUUAAACAGCACUUCCCAAGUAUCAACCUCGCAAGUUAAUGCAAUUAUCCGGGAAGCUGAGAAGAUUUUAAAAAAGAUAUAUGGUUACAAGAUUGUUCAAGUUGACUCAAAGAGUGGUAUACAAUAUAUAGUUGUGCUUGUGGAACCAAGUGAAGGGUCACUGCUCUCAACAACAAUAGACACACAUCAACGUCAGCUGCUUAUAGCUGCGCUAACACAUAUUCUAAUGAGUAGAGCUCCUGUGAAAGAAGAGGAUAUGUGGAGUUUUCUGGCAGAAACUGGUUUACUGGAAGAAAACGACUUCGCAGGUCGAAAGACCCUGACUCACCUUUUUACUAGACAACAGUAUCUGAAAUAUUCAAAGGUUGGUGAAGGUGAUUUGGCUAAAUAUCUCUUUGAAUGGGGACGGCGGGCAAUAGAGGAGGUUCCUAAGAUAUUUCUCUUAGAGAAGGUUGCACAAGCAUUUGGGAAGGAACCAUCUCACUGGUCAGAACAUUAUAAAGAUUGCACUACUGAACAACAGUCAACAUAAUUUAAUUAUCUACCUCUAUAAUAGUAUGUACCUUGAAAUAAUUAUUGAGUUUUAAAUAAUAAAUAAUGUUUAUAUUACAA